AUGUAUACCCAGGUAUUCCUCUUGGCCCUGGCGGCUUCGCCUCUUGUCGCCGCUCACGGCAAGGUCGCUGUUGUUACUGGUGAUGCUGGCGGCAACGGAACUGCUCUAGGUAUCAUGGGAGCUGUUGUCCCCGGACCAGGUCCUAACAAGAAGACGGAGGUCGACACCACCGUUUUCGGCAAGACCAACAUCCAAACCGACGGGCUUGGCAAGACCAACGCCGGCGGCAAGAACCAAGUUGCCGACCUCGCUGCCACCAUGGCCCAGUCCGGUAGCACUCUGCCUCAGGUCUCUGACGGUGGUAGCAUCUCUGGUGUCUUCCACAUUGUCACCACCGAUGGUGCUGGUCCCAUCCAAGCCGUCCUGGAUCCUACUGGAACUGGUGCCUUCGCCAACGGCACCAUGCUUACCACUACGACGCAAGUCCCUGGUACCAACGGCAACAUCAAGGCCUCCAAGAACAACAGGAGUCUGUGGACACGAGCCAUGGAUUCUAUCAUGAAGCGUGCCGCCAAUGUCAACGAGGAUCAUAACAUGGCUUUCUCUGUUCCUGCCGGCACCACCUGCUCCGGAACCAUGGCUGGACAAAGCAACGUCUGUCUGGUUAAGAUUGCCAACAGCAACAAGGCCGGUCCCUUUGGCGGCGUUGUUGCGAUCCAGAUGGCUGGCUCCGCCGCAGGCAACGCCACCGGGAAGCGCUCUCCCCAGACCUUCAACGCUUAG